GAUACUUUAUCAAUGAACAGCGUGUAGCACUGCCGGCGACCUACAACCCCUACGUCUACCUAUUUACCACAUCAACUGCCGACACGACAACAUGGAGAGAAUCAAGGAGCGUCUUCAAUCCCUUCGCGCUGAGGCCGACAACGCGGUCGCUCGCGCCGAGGAGGCUGAGGCGAAGAACAAGAAGCUUGAGCAAGUGCUGCUCGAGAAGGACCAGGAGAUCACAUCUCUCCAACACAAGCUGUCGGUGAUGGACGCCGAUCUCGAGAAAGCGGAGGGCAAGGUCGCCGAAAUGAAGGCUGCGCAGGAGGAGGGUGACCAGAGCAAGACAAUUAACGAGGGUCUGCAGCGGAAGAUCCAGCUGCUUGAGGAGGAGCUUGACGCUGCAGACAAGAAUUUGAAGGAUGCGAUGGAGAAACUGAGACAGGUGGAUGUCAAGGCGGAGCACUUCGAGCGGCAGGUCCAACGGCUCGAGCAGGAACGCGAUCAAUGGGAGAAGAAGUACGAAGAAGCACAAACCAAGUAUCGCGAGUCGAAAGCCGAACUCGACGAUCUCGUGGCCAACAUGGAAGGACUCUGAUCAAAGGUCUCGCUGUACAAUACACG